AGUGAGCCACGGCUCGUGCUUUGCUUGGCCAUGGCCCGUACAAAGCAGACCGCCCGCAAAUCGACCGGUGGCAAGGCCCCGAGGAAGCAGUUGGCCACUAAGGCGGCUCGCAAGAGCGCGCCGGCCACGGGCGGCGUGAAGAAACCGCACCGCUACCGGCCGGGCACUGUGGCCCUGCGGGAGAUCCGGCGCUACCAAAAGUCCACCGAGCUGCUGAUCCGCAAGCUGCCGUUCCAGCGGCUGGUGCGCGAGAUCGCGCAGGACUUUAAGACGGACCUGCGCUUCCAGAGCUCGGCCGUGAUGGCGCUGCAGGAGGCCAGCGAGGCCUACCUGGUGGGAUUGUUCGAAGACACGAACCUGUGCGCCAUCCAUGCCAAGCGCGUUACCAUUAUGCCCAAGGACAUCCAGCUAGCCCGCCGCAUCCGCGGGGAGCGGGCUUAA